UGUGUGGUCUUCAUCAUAUGUGGCUUUAGGCUUUGAGAUAAAAUCAUGGAAUAUUGCAUUACUUUCACAGAGCAUUGUUCUACCAAACUCAGUGCAAAGCUGAUAGAUUGCUUCAAAGCUGCAGGACUGCAAUGUGAAAGUGUUUAUGAAGGGAAGAAUUCAGUUUAUAUAGGAGCAAAUUUUGAAUGUCUUGUUAAUAAGGCCAUUGAACUUGGCAUUAGGAAACCAAAAAAAGGAAAGGAUAUUGUGAUAAUGCAAGAGAUGUCUUCGGAAUUUAUUCACGACUUCGAAGGAAUUGAAGAUCAAGAGACAUUUUUCACACCCGCAGAGAAGUCUUUGCUUGUUUAUUCAUGUAUCAUUGGUCUUACUACAAGAGCGAUAUCUUUGGCAAGGCACAAAGUGGAGCUUUGUGGGAUUGAAGAGAGUUUAGUGGUUGCAUUACAACACAGCAAACCACAAAUAAUCGAAGAUGUUCAAGCAUUACAUAACAAGGAGAAAAAAGAUAGUCUAUGGCAAAACAUGAAAAAAAAUUGGUUUGAAUGUCCUGUCGAUGACAUUAGAGAUUACUUUGGCGAGGAAAUUGCCUUCUAUUUCGCUUGGAUGUCGUAUUUUAGAUGGGCAUUGUGCAUUCCGUCUGUGUUCGGUAUUUUUGUUUACUUUUGGCGAAAUCCUGGUAUAACGGUGGACGAUAACUUUCUUCUUCCGUUGUAUGCCUUGUUCAUAGUUAUUUGGGCGGUUUUCUUUAUUGUGAUAUGGCGGAGACGUGAAGCGGAGUUAUCGUACAUAUGGAAUACAUACGGCUAUGAAGAUGCUUACGAUAUAAGGCCAGAGUUCAAUGGCGUUAUACGCGAUAGUCCUGUCACCGGAAAACCUGAGAAGUAUUUCCCGCGAUGGAGACGUUGGUUGAGAUAUCUUGUCAGCGUUAUCUUCACCUUGCCAAUGUUGUUCGUUGCGGUGUUGGCUAUGCUGUGUUCCCUCAACCUCAAUGGUUAUAUAAAAGAUAAACACAGUCCUAUAUAUGUCUCUGCGUUGGCUUAUUACGCUGAACCCGGUCACAUAUUCGCCGGUGACAGUCCCUACUAUGGUUAUCUCAUACCAACGGUUGCUCACUCCAUUGUUAUAAACAUUCUUAACACAAUUUAUAGAUCAAUUGCUACCCGAUGUACGGAUUUUGAAAAUCACAGAACGGAAUCUGAGUGGGGUAGAUCGCUUAUUGUAAAGCGAGUCGCAUUCGAGGCAUUUGAUUGUUUCCUUCCUUUAUUCUACAUUGCGUUUUACCAACUUGACGUUGUUAAUCUCCGUCGAGAACUGCUUGGCUUGUUUGGAGGCGACGAGAUACGGAGGCUGGUAACUGAGACAAUAAUCCCGUUUAUAACCGAAAAUGUUUCACAGUGGCGAAUCAAGAGACAGUUUUGUGAGAUUCACAAAAUGUCUAAAGUCCAAGAACAGGCAAUAUCCGACUCGGUAUUAGAAGAAUAUGAUCAAUUCGAUGACUACUUGGAGAUGGUGAUGCAAUUUGGGUACGUUACCUUGUUUGCGUCUGCCUUUCCUCUGGCGUCUGCUGUUGGCGUCGUCUUUCUCCUCAUUGAGAGCCGCUCAGAUAUGUUUAAACUUCUCUUUAUUUAUCAACGACCAAAAGUUCUAAGAACGUGUGAUAUUGGCGUAUGGUACAAUGUAUUGUGGUGCAUGGUCGCCGUAUCAAUGUUAACCAACACUGUGAUAAUGGGAUUCUCAUCAGAACAGCUUGCUGAAUGGUUACCGUGGAUGUACGAAACUAUCGAGGGAGAUCAAUUCAUCAAGCUAGGUUAUGGCAGGUACAUAGUUGCUUGGGUCUUCGCAUUUGAACACUUUCUUAUUCUGUCCGCUUUGUUUAUCACGUGGUUUGUGAACAGCAAACCGAAAUGGGUUCGCGUUGCCAUAGCCAAGGAGAAAUACGAGAAGAAGAUGGAAGCACAGGAGGCAAUAUUAUUGACAACCGAGAGAAGUCGCUCGUUACGAAAUUCGAAGAAAUCUCAAUAAUUACAGCCGUUCAUUCCUGUCGCGUAGGUAUUUAAACACAGUCUACCAUAAAUUAUGCCGAGAAUAAUUUUGAGGCCAACUAUAUUUAUAUUGUUUUCACGUAUACACUGAUUUUGGACAAUCAAAACAGUAAAAACAAUCACUACUGCAUAUAGGUGCUUUGCAAUUGCUGCCAUUUUGGUUGAUCUUUCAAAACAUAUGCACAAAAUCAUGUUUCUGGAUUUUGCUGAUGACAUGAGCUUCAUCGACUCGUGUAAAUGUUUAAAACCUUUGGUUUAACUACGCUUGUGCUUUUUUUUUCAAUUUUGCUAGACUCUACUUUCUUAUAUACAAGAAUUAUUUAAUUAGCAAGUAAUUAGUAACUAAUGAAUGAUACUGAAGGAAUUU